ACCGAUAACAGCACCCGUAAAAAGGUCUAUCACUACCUAGAUCUGACUCUACUACACAAACUACGCUUCUCCAUAUUGUAUCUUAAGGCACGUCAAUAUAUGAACUCUAGUGUAUGAGAGGGGUUAGCGAAUGGUAAUAUUUUACACAUAUUGGUUUGGGGUGUGAAUAUGGGAUAUUUUUAGGCGAUAAAAUGAACCCACACCUCACCCAGGGGUUAUUCACAGCAAGUAAGUGGUUACCACAGCUCUGGGUCGGUCCGCUGCAUAAGCGCUGUUUUAGCGGUAAAUGAUGCAUUUCAGGUACCCUCUAUUCUUUUUAUACCCCUGGAGCUCGCGAUAAAAUCCCACUAGAAAUAUCACCCCAAAGACUCAUUACAGCCAAAUCGCCCGAAUCAAAAGAUGGAUCGGAACAGUUCCGACGGCAUAAAUCCCGAUCGACGGGACACCAAAAUCGACCCCGCAGUGCUCGCGAAAUUACCGGAAGACGCGACAGUACUAUCUACUGAGGAUCAUGGAACCAGCUUCUGGGCAAUCACCAAACGAAUCAAUAUUAGACUUAAUGAUGGGUCUCAGGCAUCCUUCUUUAUGAAGGCUCUUUCGGGAGACACUGGGAAGAAAAUGGUGGAGAGCGAGUACGAAUCAAUGAAAGCCAUCUACGAAAUCCUACCAACUUUCGCUCCUAAGCCAAUCGCCCAUGGGACGUACCAGACAGCCAAAGACACCCAUUUCUUCUUAUGUGAAUUCUGUGAGAUGCUCGGCGAUAUGCCGAAUCCACAUAAAUUUUCCAUGCGCCUCGCAGAGCUACAUCAAAAGAGCGAAUCCCCAACGAGAAAAUUCGGCUUCCAUAUGCCAACUUACAGCGGAAAUCUACCACAAUGGACGGAAUGGGAGGACAGUUGGGAGGCUCUCUUCGCGAAGAAUCUUCGCAUGGCUCUUGAUCUUGAGAUCAAAGUUAGGGGAUACGAUCCAGAAUUCGAUGUUUUUGUCCCAGCCAUCUUCGACAGGGUCAUCCCCCGCCUACUCCGCCCUCUCGAAAGCGAUGGCCGCUCCAUAAAGCCGUCGCUAGUCCAUGGAGACUUGUGGUACGCCAAUUCCGGGAUCGACGUGAACACGGACAAUCCCCUCAUUUUCGACGCAUGCUGCUUUUACGCCCACAACGAGUACGAAUUCGGCCAAUGGCGCCCAACCUGUAAUAAGUUCGGAGUUGAGUAUCUUGAAGCCUACCAUAAUUACGUGAAGAUAUCAGCUCCAGAGGAGGAUUAUGACGGCCGCUUAGAUCUCUACAAGUUGAGAUUAAAUACGCAUGUGUCAGCCCUAUUUCCUCAAAAUCUUACUUUAAGGGAACAGAUGCUAGGUGAUAUGAAAGAUCUGGUCCAGAGAUACACUUAACCACUUAGAUGUGUAGCUUAGGUAUAGCCACCUAGGUAAAUGGAAAGUAAUAUUCUAUCAUUUCGUCAGCGUAUCGUCCCAUUCUUCAAUAAUAAACCCCAUCAAUAAUUAAAUGGUAGAAUAUGUUCUCAUUGUGCGGCUAUCUAACGAGCGUAAUGUUGCCUAACUAAACAAUCUACAGAAACCAUAA